CGGUCGCGGUGGCACCGCCGCAUCCAGUCGGGGCGACUGCUCGAGCGGGGGAUGAUGACAACGACGGUCGUGAUGGAAGUCUGGUGUGGAGAAACGGACAAUUUCUUCUCAUCCCAGCCGACGACGUCGCGUUGUUUUCGGAUGACAUCGUGAGGAGACAAAUAAACAAUAUCGCUCGCAUUUAGCCGCCUAGCCAGCUAACGUCAAGCUAUCUCUUUAGCUCCACGGCUGCCUCUGUCACCCCCACCAUCCGCCCCGUUUCGGUGCUUUUCUCCCCCCGCCAUGUGGAGACAUGCUGGCGGCGACGAGAACAUUUCUAGACCGUAGCUGUCGAUUAGCAGCACGGCUAAGUUAACAAGCUCGUUUUCUCUUUUGAAACCCCCUCUUCGUCUUUUUUUCCUUAUUCUCUCGAAGAGGAUGCUAACCGAGGGGAGCGACUGACGACUGGUCGACUUCGGUGCACCUCAUCACGCUCAUGAAGGUCAUGACAGCGAGAGAAUGAUCAUGCUGGAAAAACAGGUAAAGUGGGACAUUCUGUCCUUAGAAGCACACCUGCACCGAGCGCUCAUUUGCAUGCUGCUAAUUGGGCUAAUUAGCAUAACCUGUGACCGCUGAGAUGGUCCAUUUAUAGAUUAUAUUUCAAAUUACGUUAUCGUUGUCCAAAUUUGUUGUCCAAACGAAUUUUGUGCAACGUUUUUCACCUAAACUAAUGUGUUGUGUGGAUUGAGUCUUCUACAUUGCAAAAAAAAUAACGCAGUAAUAUCCAAUUGAAGGGGUUGUUGGUUGUUAAUACAUAAAUAAACAAUACGUUAUAUGUGUCCCACUAAUCCAAACACGGUACUUUGAUUUCUUCUCGUUUAUAUUUCCCAUUCGUGGAUUAGACCCCUAAAAUGUUUUAUCAAAAGCUGUUUUGUAAUUGUGGGUAAUAUAGUUUAAUAUUACAGUGAAAUUGCGUAAUAUUUAUUUAAUGGUAUAACAAACAGAAUAAUACAUCAAUCUCUGUGGAAGAUUAUAGACGUCACGUGACCAAACGUGGAAAACAUGUUGAUAUAAUUUUGCAAUAAACUAUGACAAAUGGUUCGGGUAAUUUCUCGUUUUGAAUUUGAGGCAUUUACUUGGAUAAUCCCUGGAAUUUCAGUGUGAGUUUAUUGGUGGACACAGUGUAUUCAACUGAAACAAAAUAGAGAAGGGAUUUCCUGAGAAAUGGAUGAAACAGAAAAGAAUGAGGAAAUAUGUUGAGAAAUUUUCAAUUUUUAGUCCUUAAACUGUGGAUAUGGAAUUUGUUGGUCUUUUGUUUUUCUUACAGAAUUGGGAAAUGUACAGUAUAUGGUAAAUGGUGUUAUACUUGUAUAGCGCUUUUCCACCUUUCAAGGCUCUCAAAGCGGUUUACACUACAUCACCAUAAUGAAACAUGGUGACACCAGUCAUAAAUCUUUUUCAGACCAUCAAAGCUGAUCUGGAUUUUUGUAUGUAAUAUUUCCACAAGGAGCCAGCAAUUGGUGACAAUAAUUUAUGGUUUAAAUGGUCAUCUUUGAGUCAUGAUCCGUUGGGCUAUCUUUCCAUAGUUCAGCAUGCAUGUGGUUAGCGAAUUGUCGGGUUGUUCUGUAAAAAAAAAAAAAAAAAAAAAACCUGGUGGGUGCUCACGUGAAAGCAGCAUGUUCUUUCCACAUUCAGGAGUGACGCGUAGCAAUUAGGCAUGUGCCCGUAUGAUAUUUUGAUGGUAUGAUAACCUUAAGCCAAAAUAUCACGGUAUCACGGUAUUGCAAUUACGGCUCUAAAAUGGUUCACUUGGGAUAUCUGGGUUUAAAAGAAGAAAAAAAACUUGUUUUUUCCCAUUAAACAGGAUUUUUAUUAUUCAAAACAUUAGCAAAUUGGAACAUAAGUAUAAAAUUAAGUUAAAAUAAAUUAAAAAAAUAACAAUAUAUUCAAACUAAAAUUAAAAUAAAUGCAUUCAUUUAGGUCAGCCCAAACCCACAGCCACAGCUCAAGAUUAUUACCAUCAGAACAAAAUAACUGAAUUAUUUUCCUUAAAAAGCAAGUAUGUAUGACUCGCAUCAUGUCUACAUUAUACACACUCUUUCUCAACACAGACACUUGCCAGAGGGGAAAAAGCGUUUCACCACCACUAGACACACUAUACACGCUGGAGUUAACUCUCGUAACUGGUGGGAAACGUUCAUGGCAGUGUUUACUAACCUUUAAUUUUGAAUAAAUGCGAAAUCAUAUUGGAGGUAUUGCCUCCUCGGCAGUCACCCACCGCAAACAUGUUUUACAUGUCGGUUGGCCCCUCCUCCUCCAAGCCGCGGCCGUCUGUAACUUUUCUGUAGCCGAAGUAUUCCCAUACCAACGAUUUCAUUUUCUUUCAUGGUGGGAAAAAGUUCAGGAGUUUCACCUCCUUCAGCCACCGUGUAGCCCUAACUAGACUUAAUGACACUGAGUAACAACUGGUGGGGGAGGGUUGAGCCUUACUGCUGCAAGCGAGGGAUUUCUCCAUGCAGUUUUGGGACAUUAAAAAAUAGCUAAUACCUUAGGGAUGGUAUGACAGAAAAUUUUUGCGGUGUUGAACCCUUGACCACAGUAUACACUACCUUGAAACCGGUAAUCGGCACAUAUCUAGUAGCAGUACUCAUUAAAAUCCUCCUGUAUCAUCCAAGUUGCGUGUAAAUAGCCACUUGAUCAAUAGCAAUAGAAAAAAGGUUUGAUGAAAGUUUUCUGCGAAUAAACAAACACUUGUGGCCACUACAGGCUGAAGGCUGGGAUGAAGAGAGCGCAUGCCUUCUACUAGCUAACUCCUAAACAACAGGCAACAAUGGGUCUGCAAAUAAUUAAUCAGCUCUGAUCCAAAAAUUCAGGCUUCAAGGAUAUAUGCAUAUAAAUCAUCAGAAUAUACCUACCAAAAUGAAUUGUGAUCCAUCCACAAAUAAUUUUUAAAAAAUCAAAGUGUAUACAUCAACAACAACAUGAGCUUUGCCUUGACGGGUGUUCAGCCUGUAAAAAAAAAAAAAAAAAAAAAAGUAACAAAAAGGCUUUGGGAGCUGGCCGCUCGCAAAGAGAGUCAGAGACCCCAACAUGGUGGCGUGAUUUGUAGGUCGUCUCCUCCUAUUUAGUGGUUACGAUAGUCAAUGAAAAUAUGUUCUGUUUGGCAUCAUCCUAGGUCAAACUAUAGCCGGCCAACCAGCGGUUGCCCAAUGGCUCAGUUUUUUAUUGGCCUUUAGCAAAUUAUGAAAAUAUUGAAUAUGACCUAUCACAAGAAGCUUAAGUUCAGCCAGCAUUCAGUUGCACUUCUCAUUUUAAACACUAGAUGGAGCUAGUCACUUAAGCAUUGUCCCUUCGUUAGCUCAGGGGUCAGACCCUAGAAACAUGUUGCAAUAAAGCUAGGAGACUAUAAAAUUUGAGUUAGUGAAUGAGACCAGUAAUAGCAGAGUAGUCCUCAUGAGUCACAUUUUCAUAUGUUUAUGUAUAUCUAUCUAUCUAUCUAUCUAUCUAUCUAUCUAUCUAUCUAUCUAUCUAUCUAUCUAUCUAUCUAUCUAUCUAUCUAUCUAUCUAUCUAUCUAUCUAUCUAUCUAUCUAUCUAUCUAUCUAUCUAUCUAUCUAUCUAUCUAUCUAUCUAUCUAUCUAUCUAUCUAUAUAAAAAAUGUAAAAGGUUUGCUGUAAUAAACAAUAAGGUAGAUCAACAUAAAAACAUUUAAAUAAAACUAAAAUUAAGACAAUUCAUUGGUACCUGGGCCGACUUGACUUGCACUAUAUUCAGCCUUUGUGAUUGGCUGCAUUGGUGUAAAAAGUUGCGAUGGCAUUUGCACUGUCGCCAUUGGCCUGUCAGUGAGCGCACAGGAUGUGGUUCCUGCGGCUCCUUGUUGCCAUGACGACAGCAUUCAUGUGCGGGACAUCCUCGGCUAUGUGGCUAUCAUCAUUAGCACAUGAAUGGUAGUUCAAUGGCCGCUUUGUUCACUGCGCGCUGGCGUCAAACAUGGCCGCCCACCGCCGGCAUUCGCUGCCAAGUGAAAGCAAAGGGUGGGAUGGCUGGCGACCAAUCGCAUCCAUCAGAUCAGUGGGUGUAAAAAAAACUUGCAUAUCAGAGUUUGAAACAUUACCUUAAUUGUUACUUUGAAACGUUAACUCAAAACUGAUUGUUGAAACCCAGGCAUCGGGAAAGUAAUUUAGGUGUAAAAUAGGGUGUCAGUCAUUUUGAUUAUUUAGGUGCACAAAGGCCUGCUUUUACUACUACUUCCCACACUACAGCAAGGUGAAAAAUAAACUAAAUUUAGUAACUACAUUGUUUUAAACUCAUUUUUACACUUGGACGAUGCUUUAAAAUGUAAAAAUAAUCCCAAUUUUCAUGAUGGGUUAAAAAUAGCCGUGACGUUACGUCUAUUACUUCCAUGGUGCUGCAUGUAAACAGGAAGCAGACCACUCCACUAUCACUGCUUUGGUGCCAUGGCAACACCGAAGACACUUUUGUGAGAGCACAACAUUCCAGCAGGUGUCUGACAGUGUGAAAGGGAGGCAGAGGAAAAGAAAAUAAGAAAUGGGGAUUGAGGAAUAGAAAAGGAGAGCAAGAAAGAAGGAGGGCAGGGUGCAGAAGUGGGUAGAAUAUCCAAAAAUAUUAUUUAAAUAAGAGAAGCAUUACUUCAAAAUAAUAUUAUUCAUGUAAAAGUGAUCAUCCAUAAAAUUUUCUCAAAUAAAGUAUUUUUUGAAAAGUACACUCACGUAAUGAGUAAUAUUGUAACUACUUACAAUGUUUGAUAUUGUUUUAAACUAUUGUUUUUAUCUUUUUUAAGCACAACAUCAUCUCUAUGAACUGUUAUUAUUAUACUGUUGUAUAACCCAGCGUUUUUCAACCGGUGUGCCGCGAGAGAUUGUCAGGUGUGCCGCGAGAAAUUAUCCAAUGUGUUUUUUGUUGUUGUUGUUGUUGUUUUUUUUUUUUUACGUCUUCGAGCAGAGUUGCAGUAGGACGGAAGGAAGAAAGGAGUAGGUAGAAAGUUCUCGGUCGUGUGCAGAUGAGUGAGGUAUUGCUCAUGUUGCGUUCAAGAACUGCUCGGAUUUCUAGCCAUCAGCGACCUUGCUGUCCGCGACAAUGUGGAGCCUAGCAUGUCUGCUGCACAUCAUUUGGUUAGACACGUCAUGUGUCAAUAUACUCGAAAGUGUCCUUCGUAUUUUAUCCGUAUGUGACGACCGUCAAUCCUCCCCCUGUGUUUUAUUCCAACACAUUGUUGAGGACUGCAAGGUGGCUAAUAGCUAGAAAUCCGAACAGUUCUUGAAUGCGACUCAAGCAGCUAUCCAAUCGCGCCAUGGUGUCAAGCAAGCUUAAACGUCAUCUUCAAACGAAAAACCUGUUGCUUUAAAACAAUUCGAUGGACUAUUUUGUUCGCGUUUGUGAAAACACAGACGUUUUUCAGAAUAACUACAAAGGUAAAUGAGAAAGCCCUCAAAGACAGUUACCUUGUUGCUAAAUCCAAAAAGUCCCACACUGUAACAGAGACAUUAAUACUACCUGUCUGCAAAACCAUUGUCUGUGAGAUGCUCAGCCCUGAUGCGGUUAAAGACAUUGCUCAAGUCCUGCUGUCUGAUAAUUCUGAGCUUUCUCAAGCCUAACUGCUAUAAAAAUAAAAAAAAAAAAAUAAAUAAAAACAGAGAAAGACUAAUAGCUUUUGAAGAAUAAGGAUAUCAUCUUUGUGUUCGUCUAAACAGGCUCAAGUUUCACACUGAGUAAGUAUACAUACUGAGAAAUUAUUAUAUAAUUAAAUAUACUGUACAGAAAAUAAUUUUGGUAUAUUUUUGGUUUGUGGUGUGCCCCGAGAUUUUUUCCAAUGUAAAAACGUGCCUUGACUCAAAAAAGGUUGAAAAACACUGGUAUAACCUGUUACUUGAUCACACUAGACCAAAAAUACACACAAAUCCUCGAAUUCCUUCUAGAAAAUCUACAGAAAUGAAACAUCACCCAUCCAAAAAGCAUGACUGCCCUCUAGUGAAGAAAACAUUUCCUACCAUGAAAUGAAAAUGAUAAUAUCUCAGUUUUUUUCGGGAUCUAUCCGUGCUAAAUAAAACGUAGAGAGAGCUUGGAACCCGUGCUUUUGAGUCAUGUUGACGGCAGUUUGAAAGUUAUUUUUUACGGUGCUUUAAAGAAAAAAUCUUGUGUGUGGUCAUGUGACUUAUUUUACAUCUAAUAAGAUAGCGUAAUAAUGAAAUGGUAGAAGGAGUCGUGAUUAUUGUUGCAACGUCUAAUUGGGGAAACUUAUAGAGCCACUGCGCUGGCAAAAAUAAAGUCAAAUUUAAUCUGUAGUGCAGGGGUCCCCAACCUUUUUUGCACCACGGACCGGUGUGAUUUGGGCCUUUUUUUCACGGGCUGGCAAUGUGCGGCAGAAAAAUACAGCAAAUAUAAAAUAACACGACGGGGCUAAAAACAAAAGUUAAGUGCAGGGAAAAUAUAACUCACCCGCUGAAUCAGUGGGAGGCCUGAGCUUGUUUCGUUGAGACAAGAUGGUCCCAUAUUGGUGUGAUUGGAGACCGUGAGACAGUGUUCCUUACGUCUAGUCUGCUCCGUAACUUUGUCUUGGUUGCUGUCAUUGCAGAGAAGCCCGCUUCACAAAGAUAUGAUGCUGGAAAUUGUAGCAAGGUUUUCAGUACUCUCGUAGCGAUGUCAGGAUAUUCCGGAAUGACAUUAAUCCAGAACCUCGGUAGAGUUGUUGUGUCAAAUGUAUGUUUAUGGCCGCCGUCAUUUGCGAUCUCUACAAGCUGAUCCUCCUGUUGCACAGACAUGCUCGAAUCACUCGGUUUAUUCACAAACGGGUCACGAAUCCACUCCUUCGCAGUUCGUGGGCUACAUAUUAUGCAGAGCGGACUUGGCGCCUGACAGUCACCUGUUGCGACAAACCUAUAUUUUAGGUAAGAUUCUUGGUAUUGUCUGUUAAAAGAUGAUUUUGUUUUCUUCGAGGAUGUAGGCUCAUCUUCUGGCUCUUCAGAUGCCCUUUUCCCCGUAAAAAAUUUGUCCAAAGACGUCUGUUUUUAAGUCGUCUUCGCUAGAGUGGGGGCUAAUUAUUUCCGGGAACAAAUGUGAUGCCCCCGACCUACGGCCUACAUCAUACGUUAUUAUCGUGGACGAGCACACAUAGAUAUAAAAAACAAGAUGUACUGCUAGCAGUCCCAUGGAUUUCGAUGAUGACAUUCUAUCCAGUUGUCAUAUUAUAUCUAGAGUAGACAGGGAUUUUGGUGUGUUAAGGGGCACAGGCCGAAGUUAAUUCGGUCAGAAUGCAGUCGUUAAUCAAUUAUUUUGAUAUUUCUGUGCGGCCCGGUAGCAAAUGCGCCAUGGACCGGUGCCGGUCCGCGGCCCGGCGGUUGGGGACCCCUGAUGUAGCGUUAAGAGGAAAAAUAUAAUGACUUUAGUUUAGCACAAAGUAGCGGAUCAAGAGUACCGUUUCUUCUUUACAAAUAUACUAAAGUAAAGGUAAAAUGUAUGGUGUGGCAGAAGUACUGUGAGGAGUACGUUUUUGUCCAAAAGUUACUUAAGUAAAUUUAACAGAGUAAAUGUAACGCGUUACUACCCACCUCUUGAAGGGAGUGUGAAAGAACAAAACAAAGAGUGAGAUACAAGGAAAGAGAGAAAGAUACUGAGAGACAAAGGGAGCGAGAGGGGAAAGGGAAGAGCGUGAGAAAGGGAGAAAUGAAAAGAGUGGACAGUAGAGAGUGCAAAAUAGAAGGAGGAAGGGAGAAAAGAGUAAUCGGGAGGGAUUGAGAAAGAGUAAAACAGUGCGAUGAGAAAGGGUGAGAUAUAUAAAAGGGAGUGGUGAAAAGGGAUAAGGUGAGUAGAAAGCAACUACAUAGAUGGGGGAGAGAGCAAAAAAGAGGGUGACGGGAGAAAAUGACUGGGGAAAGCUAACGGAAGAGGGAGGAAGAGGUGAGAGAGGGAAAAAGUAAGGGAGAGAGGGAUGGAAUAAAGAGAGGAGGGAACGUGAUUGAUGGAAUGAGAAGAGGAUGACGAGAGAAGAGGGAAGUGAAAAAGGGUUGUAAAAAGGAGCUUGAAGGCAGGAAAUAGAGGAGAGUGGGAAGAAGAGGAAGGAUGAGAAUGAGAGGGAAGUAGACUGAGAGGAAGAGGGGAGUCGCAGAUCUGCAAAGCCCCUCACCCCCAAGCCCGCCGCCAACAAUCUAUCAUUGACCGUCUGAGACAGCGUGGACGUAAAAGUGGAUUGCGCUAGUGCAGGAUGAAGGCAACACUUGGACGAGCGGGACCAGUGGGCCAGGACUAGGGUGGGGUUGACGCAAAAACAACAUGGAGGAGAGCUUCAAUGUGCUGCGAGCAUUGGCGCAACAGCCCGCCACCAUGAUGGGCACCUUAGACCUGCCCAUAUACCUUUUGGACCACCUGAGCUCGACGCAGGAGAUUGGCGAGGAGGUAGAAGAUGACGCCAUCUUCACAAUCACGCUGCGUAAAGUGCAACUGCACCACUCGUCCAGCAAAGGGCAGCGUUGGCUGGGCGUGGAGACGGAUGCCGCCCUCAGCCUGUACGAGACGUGUAAGGUGCGCACCAUCAAGGCAGGGACCCUGGAGAGGCUGGUGGAGUAUAUGGUCACAGCCUUCAAGGGCAAAGACUCCACCUACGUCACCAUCUUCCUCUGCACUUACCGAUCCUUCGCCACAGCCAAGCAGGUGCUUGACCUGCUGCUAAACAGGUAUGCAAGGCUCCAGAAUGUCCCGGCAGCAACUGCGCAUCGUGUCUGCCCAGAUGACAGCACUGAGCUCAGAAACACGGUGUCAUCCAUCUUGGGUGCAUGGCUGGACCAGUAUUCAGAGGACUUCUGGACUCCUCCGGGCUACGACUGCCUUCACCAGCUUUUGUCUUACCUUCAUCUUCAUUUCCCCGGUUCUGACCUGGAACGUCGCGCCCGCAACCUGUUGGCGCAUUUUCACAGGCGGCAGCAAUGUGAACCUGAAACAGACGGCGAACACUUGGGCUGCCCUUUCGCCACGCAGGAGGAGAGCGGCUUUGAGGAUGAGCUGCCCACCUUCAGCUUUCUGUCCUUCGACCCUAUCAUGGUGGCCGAACAGUUCACACUAAUGGACGCGGACCUGUUCAAGAAGGUGGUCCCAUACCACUGCCUGGGGGGCAUCUGGUCCCAGCGCGACAAGAAGGGCAAAGAGCACCUGGCGCCCACCAUACGUGCCACAGUGGCCCAGUUCAACUCAGUCACCAACUGCGUUAUUAGCACCAGCCUCAGCAACACUGCGCUUAAACACAACCAGAGGGCCAGACUCCUAGAGCGCUGGAUCGACGUGGCUCGGGAGUGUCGUAUCCUGAAGAAUUUCUCAUCCCUGCGAGCCAUCCUCUCUGCAUUGCAGUGCAACGCCGUCCACCGCCUGAAACGAGCCUGGGAGGAAGUGUCUCGGGAGAGUUUCCGCACCUUCCGCGAGCUUUCCGAGAUCUUCUCAGACGACAACAACUAUUCACUCAGCCGGGAGCUGCUAGUAAAGGAGGGAACGUCUAAGUUUGCCACUCUGGAGAUGAAUCCCAAACGAGCUCAGAGGAGACACCAGCAGCAGAGAGACCUGGGAGUGAUGCAGGGCACCAUUCCGUACUUGGGGACUUUCCUUACAGACCUGGUCAUGAUGGACACGGCUAUGAAGGACUACACAGAGGGUGGUCUGAUCAAUUUUGAGAAGAGGCGAAAGGAGUUUGAGGUGAUCGCACAGAUCAAACUGCUGCAGUUGGCAUCCAACAACUACAGUUUCACGCAGGACGCACACUUUCGCGAGUGGUUCACUUCCACGGAGAAGCUCAGCGAAGCCGAGAGCUACCAGCUGUCGUGCGACAUCGAGCCGCUCUCCGAGUCGGCCAGCAAUACGUUGCGAGCCAAGAAGAACGGAGGCAUCAUGAAACGAUGGAGCGACCGUCAGCUGGCAGAGGGCUCAUCUGGUUGUGUGGCAACUGGAAGCGGCGGGGCCGUAGGUUCCCACUCAAAGUCCUUCGAUCACGCCCACUUCCGACCAUACCAAGGUGGCGGUGACAGUGGCGACGCCCUCAGCGUCACCUCUGUCAGCUCCAGCGGCUCCGACCUGGAGGACGUCAACACCAGCUUCUUGUCGGACUCGCCCGAGGGUCAUGAGAGGAAGACGUCGACGCCUACGGUGAAACUGUCUGUUUCGGCGCUGGGGAGAGAAGUGCCGGCUGCGGAUGCAACAUCGACGUUCUGGGAGUGCACGUCGCUGUCAUCUCUGGACACAUCGGGCAUGGGCUCCAGCUCUGGCUCGGCGUCGGGUUCCAGCACGGCGUCGUCCUCUUCAGUAUCGUCAUCUGCGGCGCUGUCACUGUCCCUGUCGGCGUCACGCUCGCACAAGCGUUCAGUGUCGGCCGUUUCAAAUUACUCCACGCUGUCGCUGCCCCUCUACAACCAGCAGGUGGAUGACUGCUGCAUCAUACGUGUCAGCCUUGAUGUUGAGAACGGAAACAUGUACAAGAGCAUACUGGUGACCAGUCAGGACAAGACGCCGGCCGUCAUCCGCAAGGCGAUGAUUAAACACAAUCUGGAACGGGAGAAGACAGAAGAUUAUGAGCUGGUCCAGAAAAUCUCGGAGGAUAAAGAGCUUCGCAUCCCCGACAACGCCAAUGUUUUCUAUGCCAUGAACUCCAGCGCCAACUACGACUUUGUACUUAAGAAGCGCGGCCCGGCUCGGCCCGUGCGCACCAAGGCUGUGGCCAGCUCCACGCUGCCCCGCAUGAAACAGAAAGGACUGAAGAUAGCCAAAGGGAUUUUCUGAGGGCGGCUGGAACUGAUAACGUCACCUGGAGCACCUUAGCACUUAGUUUGGCCUCGAGAAGCUCGGGACCAAGUCACCUCCGUGUUUACAAAAGGCAACCAGCAAAGUUGUCGCACUUUGGGAUUUUUGUAAGCGUCCCAGCCCAUAGUUUUGACACGCAGUCAAACGGACGUCGUGCCGUGGGCAGGAUUGGAUUUUUUUGUUUGCUUUUUUACAGAAUCCAGGGGACCAUCUGGAUGCCCAUUGUGUUGACACAUGGUCAAACAGACGUUGUUCCAUGGGUAUGCUCUGGAUGUUCCUAAUGAUCAUUGUGUUGACACAUGGUCAAAACAGAAGUUGUCUGUGGGCAAGAUCCAGAUGUGCUGGAUGGAUUUUUUUUUUCUUACUGUGUCCUGGAAAUGUUGUGGAAGCUCAUCGUGUUGGCAAACAGUCCAACAGAUGCGCUGUGCAUAGGAUCCCUGUGUUCCUGGCAGAUACUUACUCAAAUGGCACUUAAUGGGAUGAUCCAACAUGUAUAUACAUCAGCUCUAUAGUGUGUGUAUUUUUUUGCUUUGUAUAUAUAUACAUAUAUAUAUAUUUCUUUUUUUUUUUGCUUUGAUGAUUGGUGCUGCUUAUUAUCUCAUUCAGGAGGUCCUAUGAUUUCAUUUCACACGAAAACUCUAUGAACAAUUUAAAGACCACUCGGACGGUUUUUGAACGGGAAUUUUUGACGCAGACUUCAGCCUUCAAUUGUAGUUGCGAAAACGUGUCUUUUUUGUUGUUGUUGUUUUUUUCUACUCAUGACUGCACUUUUGGAGAAAAGCACCAGUGCUCAGCAUAAAUGAUGACGAGCAACAAUUCAUAUGUCGCUUUGUCAAUCUCAAAAUGUUAUCCUUAAUAUGGAUGAUGAUCACACUUGGAAAAGUACUUUUGGCCUUAAAAGAUGACUUAUAAUAUCAAAACAUUUAUAUGCAAGUUGGUGACAUAUUUCUCUCACAGAUAGAAUGACAAGACUACAAUUUUUUUUCUUGAGAGAAAAAAAAAACUCUAGAAAAGAUAUGAAUAAUCCUUUCAUUUAUAUCAAGUUUUGCUUUAAAAUGUGAGGUGAAAAAAGGCAACUAUUUUAAGAUUUUGUUUUCUUCAUAAAUAUAACCUAAGUCUCAUAAAUUUAAGACUUUUUUCCACCUACAAUUACGAAAUUGUUUUCCCUAAAAACACACACAAAAAAAAAAACACUGGUCAUUUUAUUUAUGGAAUUUAUAACCUUAUAUUAUUUUUCUUUUCAGCAAAGAAAAUACUUUAAUGUCCCGUUAAGAUUUUGUUCUUUAAAAAUAAUGCCAUUCAUUUUUUUUCUUUGAGAAACUCUCGAACCACUUUUUUCUAAUCAUAAAAUGUCUUAACCCUUGAAGCGCCAAAGUCUGUAAUUGCGGCAAGCAACAUUGCUGACUAAAUUUAACAAGCCAGAGCUUGUUGGCUACCACUUUGCACCAAAAGAUGGCAGAAAACGUAAGAACAGUGUUUGCAUCAAUACAACACAUUUUCUGUUUACAAAAUUAUAAUUUGUAUCAUGGCAGAUGUCUGCCAUCUUUUUAUGCAAAGUACUAACUACAUGAGGUACCAUAUUUGCAGUUUGCAGUGAUUUUCGUUGUAUUACAAUAUUUUUCACAGGGGACAAGACUUUUUCAUCUGUUGGCGUGUCGUCAUUUAUGCUGAGCAAUGUUAGUAAAGGUUUACCUUUUGAAAUGAAUGAGAUUGGGUUAAUCAAUGAUGAAAGCGACGUGGUUGAAUUCUUCCAAAAAAGAAACACUAUGGAAAUAUACUUGCGUCUUAAGAUUGGCUUCAAAACAUGAAGGGAGGAUUGGAGUCAGCACUACUGGAGUGAAUAAGAGGAUUACAAGAUUCUGACUUUUUUCUCCGAAUUCUGGCUUUGAAGUAACAAUUCAGACUUUCUGACUUUUUUCUCGGGAAUCUGACUUUAUCCCCAGAAUUCUACGGAAGAGGAUUAGGGCAGCUGAACCAAAAACAAUGUGAGCAAGAAUUUGACUUUAUUCUCUGAAUUCUGAAUGAGGAAUCUUUGGAAAAAAUGCCAGAACUUGAAUCUCAGAAUUCUGACUCGAUCCUCGGAAAUCCGACUUUACUCUCAUUCUGAGAAUAAAGUCAGAAAUCGAAAGAGGAUUGGGACUUUAUUCUCAGAAUUCUACAUAAGAGGAUUAGGACCACUGAAGAAGACAAAAUGUUGACAAUAAUCUUUCUUUAAAAUCCUGAGAAUAACGUUAGAAUUUUGCCUACUUUUUGUUUUUCUUCAGUGGCGCUCGUCCGUAAAAUGGCCUGAGCAACACAAGGUUGUUUUGUUUGUCGACACUGCCACUAAAGAAAAUGUUUGCCUGAUACCACUGCCGACAUUUUGCCUUGUUUCCCUUUUUUUUUCUUGCAACACACAUGAAAUCCAAAUGGCGAUGGAGUCACUGUGAGCUUCGUGUCGAGCACUGUGAACAAUGUGUCUUGGUAGAUGUGUUGAGCAGAGACAAGUUGCCAAACAAGUGAUUUGCCUUUUGUGCUGAGAACAAACUAGUUUUUUUGUUUUUUUAAAGAAAAAAUUGUGACUUGACACACAGUACUAACUUGUAUCUCUUAGACAAACCAAUGGUAACCUUAAAAUACAGCUCUUGAAGCAUUGAGAAGCUUCACAAGACAUUUUUGAGAUAUUGACAUUUUACUUGUACACAACUCUAGAAAUGACAUCACAACCAUUUAACAUGACACUUAACAUGUAACUAGGGCUGCAGUUAUUGAGUAAGGAAUCAAUCUGUUGAUUAAGUAGGUCUAUUAAUUGAGUCAUCGGAUGACAAACAUUUAAUGCACUGCAGAAUCAUUUUAGGAAACAAGUAAUAGCUUAAGUAAAUCUUAAGUUGAACAAAAGAAUAUUUUCUGAAUUUAUCAUACAAAAACCAGUUAUUGAUUUGCUACUGUUUAUGUCUGCUGUCUUUUGCCCAAAAAACAAAACAAAAAAAAAACCCUCAGGCAGCCACAGAUCAUAAAUUAUUUUAAUAUGCCUGUUCAUUCCUCACUAUGAAUGUGACAGUCUUCAGCUUGACAGCAAACAUAAUAGCCGUUAUCAUAUAUGUCCAAAAAGGAGUAGGACGAAGCAUUAAUUCUUUUAACAAAUCAUUCAAACACAUCCACAAAAACUGCUAAAUAUACCUCUAAACUAAAAAUUACGAAUGCACAAACAAAGACGUAUGUUGGCCAUAACGGGGAGCAGCUUGAGUCAGCCAUGUCAGAUGAGAGUUGCGUCAUAUUCACUUGCCAACAGAGGGCAAUGUAUCCUCCUAAAUCAUUAUAAUAAUACAACACUUUGAAAACAAACCAUUAUGAUAGCUCAUGACGUGGCACCCGACAUCUUGCUUUACAUGAUGCGAAUUUAGUCACAGUGUUCCUCCGCCACACGUGACGCGUCAUUUGACAUGUUACAUCUGCUCAUACAAGGGAAGUCCUUUUUCGUAAUUGCAGAAAUCCUUCAGUUGUGGGCGCUAGAGAUCAUUGCAAGAUUGACGCAGAUAAGUGGGGCAAACGGGGAAAUGCAUUUCACAUGCAUUAUUGAUUGUUACAGUUGUCAUUAAAUCCUGUCUUGUCGUAUUUUUGUAUAAGGUUUGUUGUGUUAAAACCAAAUUUGUGAAGAAAAAAAAAAUCCCCACCAAAACCAGAAAAAAUCGCAAAAAUGCAACCCCCCCCCAAAAAUCCAAAACAGCACUAAAUGCAAUAAAACCAGUGAAAACGGCUACCCCUCUUGCAAAAAAACAGAAAAAACCCAAAACUGCAGAAAACCGCAUCCACAACAAACCUAGAAAAAACUAACAACCCCCCCCCCCAAUUUGGCACAACUGUGAAUUUCUUGUAUGCAUCCCCACAAAGCCGAAAAACAAAAAUGCGCACACAAAACCCCCUACAAAACCAGAAAAAAACCCACAAAAAUCCUCAAUAAUCAUGGCACAUUUAAAGAAAAAUGAAAAGCUGCACCAAAUGGCAAAAAACUGCAAAAACAACAACAAAAAACAGCCAAAACACAAAACUGUGGGGAAAGAAAUUGUCAUAACUACAAAAAACUGCAAAAAAAACCCCACAAAACCCCUCCAAAAUUUGGCAAAACCGCAAUUUUUUCCAUGUAUCCCAACAAUCCCCCAAAACGGUAGGAAUAAACUCCUAAAACAAACCCCAAAGUUGGCAAAAAAAACCUUGUAAAAUAAUGCAAAUUAAAAAAUACGUAUAAUAGUAACCCCCAAAAUAAAACAAAAAAAAUUUACCAAUAAAUUGAUAAUCUAUUUGAUAUUUGAGUUUUAGUCAUCAUAGGGCACUCAUUAGCUGCCAUUGAAGGCAUUAGACGUCCAGUUCAUGUUGACUGGAAGGGGCGAAUGAACGCGGGCGUUGAUUCGCCCCGACCAGUUGUCAUGGAUUAAACGUCUAGUGCCGUCAAUGGCAGCGAGUGACUUGGCAAGGACGUGAUGCUGCCAAAUUUCUAGGAACCAAGGUUGAGCAAAGCAUCCCCAGGCAAUUUAUCCAGAAAUAGCAUAUUCUAGUUAUUGAAAUACAUUUUCACUGAAAACUUCAUUAUAAAUAUGACAUCCGAGUCACACUUCACAUCAAGUGUCACUUAAUUUUAUUUCAUUUUUUUGAGGUCGAGAUUGAACAAACUUAUUCUAGUGAUUUCUUUCUAUUUUAGUUUUUACACCUGAACAAAUAGCUGCCAUUUUUCCCCACAUGUGCAGCGGGAUAAAGCACAUUUUGCUUUAGCCGCAAUGCAGGAUUUCCAUGCAUUAGUUAUCUGUCAAUUCCUGAUGCAAAACUGCGUGUUUGUGUGUUAUGAGAAGAAAAGGCUAAUUGUUUUUCUCUGUGCAGCUGCUCAUUUUGUGGUGUGUGUGUGUGUUGUUUGUAGUCAUGUUGACAUGAGUUUACUGUGGUGCUUUGAGCCCGUGUGUGUGUUUUCGUUGCCAUCCGCUGUGGUCAGAUGCCAUUUUUCCACUUUGAACUAAAAGACUGACAAACUGACAUUUUCUAAGUCUCUUCUUUUACUACUUUUGUCCUUCUAGCAACACAGAGGAUACAAAAAUUUACUUCGCUGAUGUUUAUUUAUUGAUUUGUAUGUACAGUUUUUUGGGGGGGCGGGAGGCAUUGUACAUUCCCUUUUCUUGGUUAUAGAUUAAUAUAUUAAUGUAUAUAUGAA